CAGAUGUUCCAAGGACACGUCGCCGUGGGGACGCCUCCCCAGGUCAUGUCGGUAGUCGUCAGCGUAGAAAAUGCCCGAGUUUAUUUCCCGUCCAUCAAAUGCAAAGAUCUGGGGUGUAAGAUACGCAGGCGGUAUGACUCAUCGGUAUCACACACCUACAAGGAGGACGGCACACCAUUCGCCCUGCCCGGCCAGAACAUCAGUGGCAUCCUCUCCACGGACUCACUGCACAUAGCCGGCAACUCUGUUGCCUCCCAGACGUUUGGCGAGGGCACCUCCGACAAGAACAGCUUCGACCAGAUGACACCGAAUGACGGCAUGCUUGGCCUCGGCUUCGGCAACGACACCCUGCUGACGAGCAUGUUCGUCCAGGGCCUCAUCCCGGAGCGUGUGUUCGGGCUGUGGCUGGGCCGCGAUCCGCAGGGCGGCGAGCUCACCCUCGGCGCCGUCAACAAGGACCUAUACAGCGGCGAUAUGACCUGGGUGAGCAUUGUGAAUCCCGCCCUCUCCUGGACGGUGAUGGCGGGUAGCAUCGCGCUCGACGGCCACCCGGAGGCGGCGCUCUGCCCGGACGGCUGCAGCGUCAGCAUGUCCUCCACUUCGCCCUACUUCAUGGUGUCCUAUGAGCGCGCGAAGGCGGUCAGUGACAUCCUGGGCGGCACAGCGGUGCCAAGCACUCCGGGCUUUUACCUCUUGGACUGCGCCACGCUGAGCGGCCUGCCCACCCUGCAGAUGAAGAUCGGGGAGCGCACGAUGGAGAUGACGCCGCAGCAGUACACAUUCGUUCUGCCAAUUGAUGGCGACCAGCAGACAUGCGCCUCCGGCUUUAUCGGCGCUCCGAUGGUUACUGACCAAUGGAUCUUCGGCACGCUGUUCAUGCAGCAGUUCUACACGGCCUACGACGUGGAGAAUGAGCGCGUCGGAUUCGCUGACAGUGUUUAAGCUGGUUUGAAGGGAGUUUUGAUGAUGUCUGUUGAUGGCGUAGCGUCAUGGUCAGCUUUCUUCUCUUUUUGAUGGGCUCACCUAAGACGUGGGCAUGCGGCUAUUUUGAACAUUUUUGGGUGAUCAGCCGUAGAUCAAUUCACGGAUUGAGCAAUCAGGAUCCGGCCCAGUCCAGUCUAGCCAAGCCAGAUCCACUACACCCGCUGAUUCACUUUCCCCAGCUUUCUGACUCCAAUCCGGUGCCGUCCGCCUUAACAGAAUAAAAGUUAUCAAAUGACA